UUCAUUUUGGCAUUUUUUAUUUCAAUAAUACAUAAUCUUUUUGAUUAUUUGUACACUGGGGAAUUUUGGACAUUUGUUAUGAGGUUCUUAAAUGUCUACUUUCAUUUUCAAUAAAAUGAAAAGUUACAUGAAAUUUCAAUAAUAAAAAUUUAUAGAUUUGUUUUGUUUUAUAUUUUUGUAUUCAUGUGAUAAGUUCUUCGAAUUUGUAAAUAGUAAAUUUACCUUAAAAUUAAAUGUAUACCCGAUAUUAAUUUAUAAAACAAUGAAUGUUUCACUUUCGCUUUGGCCUCUAGGACUUAAAACUACUUGUGGUAAAAUGUAUAUAUUAAUGUAAGCAAUGUUACUUUAAUAAUGUUAUGUCCGCUACUCUGAAUGUAUAGUUAAAUUUUUAAAAAUACAAUGCAAGAUUAAAAUUAAACUAAUGGAACGGAAAGUAGUAUGUCACGAAAACGAUAUCGAUUCCUUCCCUGUAUCUAAAUUUAAUUCUGUGCAGUACAUGCAUACUCCUCAAAUUGAGGAACCCUAGAUAUAACCAUUUUGCACUGAUAUGUUGCUCGUCUCUUUUAAAGUAAAGAAAAACUUAGAGAUACAAACGGUGACAAAGAGAAGCAUUAGUUAAAUUGCAAUGGGUAAUAACGACAGCAAAACAGAAAUAAAAGAGGGAGAUUCAACGGAGGGAUCCUCUGUGGAUCCCGUGUCCAAAACAAAGAUCGCUCCUAACGGAGAUUUUUCACGUGAUGUGAUGCCAACAGAGGAGUCUGCGCUAGAAAAUAAAAUAGAAACAAUGAAAUUGUGUUCAGGACAUCAAUUUCUUAAAAACGUUAAUGUCGACGAAGUGAGCCAGAAUCACACUUCUGAUUCCAAAGCAGAUGAUAUCGACGGACAUAAUCCGAACCAUGACGAGGAAACAAGUUCAGUUUCAUCUUCCUCACAAGUUGUAGACGUGCUACAGGAAGAAAAUGGAACCGAAGUUAUCCCUGCAGACAAGGAAGGUGAUGCUCGAGAAACAGAUUUAUCAAAAAAUGACAUUUUAGAAAGUAAUGACCAAAAUACAUCAGAAGAUUUAGAUCGGAACUCUGACUCGAAAACAGAAAGUUACAACUCAGAGGAGGUAUGUCCUAUUAUAGAUGACCUUGACUUCAGGUCUGAGGAAAGUGACACUCAGUGCAGUGAUGAUAAUGAAGUAUCAGAGAAAGACUUAAGUGUCAUCAGUGAUGAUAAAGACGUAUCAUCAAAAGAGACCAAUACCUCCGGUGGGGAUAAGGUGUCCAAAAUAGAGACCGGCGCAUGCAGUGAUGAACAUGAGCUGUUAAACAGAGAGGCCAGUAAUAAAAGUGAAGAGCUUAACAGAGAGACUAAAAAAGAAAUUCAAAAACAGGUAGAGAGAUGCGUAAGGUCAAUGGAACAGCUAGAAAGGGACCAUCGAGAUAUUCUGGAUUUAGUCAACAAACGUAGCGAGUCCCAGAGAGAGUUGAACAGAGACGGACUAAGCGUUAUUGGAGAGCUUGAGAGAAUUGUUGAGAAUUUCACACAAAGGCGGAAGGAAAAAGACGAAGCCAUUCAGCACCUCAAAACAAUUCUAUCGAAACUUACAGAGAACUUGAGUGUUAUAGAACAGGAAAUUCAUAGUUUACAAUCCAGCAAAAGCGAGGAGUUUCCUAGGGGAGAUAAAGAUGUUAAAAAUUCAGAAGUGAGGAAGGAAGAGAAGAGACUCGUGACGCCACAAACCACAAAGGUGAAUGAGGAAGAUGAAAGUGAGAAACAAGACUGGAGUAAAACUGUAAAAACUAGACAACAUGAUAAUAAAGAAGGUGUACACCAAAGCUCGAGAGAACAAGGGUCAUCUGAAGAAAACACAAAGUUUGAUGGAAACUACGUUAGUAAUUCACGUAGUAUUCCUCUGACAAAUCCAGAAACGCAGUCGUCAUCGCAAGAACCUAACAAGGAUAUGAAAAUAAACUGCCAACGAGUCCCAGAAAACAACCUGUCUGAAAAUGUUUUUGAAUCAAGACAAGAGAAACAGGGAAGUAAAUCGGUCUCAGAAGGCAUCCCUCAGGAACGUGGAAAUAGUAUGAAUGCUAAUGUAGUCCAGUCAAAUUCGGGGCAGUCAAGCGGUGUUAGUCAAGAGGAAACCAAAAACAAUCGUAAUGUAGUCCAGUCAAAUUCGGGGCAGUCAAGCGGUGUUAGUCAAGAGGAAACCAAAAACAAUCGUAAUGUAAGCCAGUCAAAUUCGGGGCAGUCAAGCGGUGUUAGUCAAGAGGAAACCAAAAACAAUCGUAAUGUAAGUCAAAUUCAUUCAGUGCAGGCAACUGGCAGUGUUUCUAGGCAACAAGAACAGGAAAAAAGAAUGAAUCCUAAUAUAGUAGUAGAGUCAAAAUCACAGCAAUCAGAUAACAGUGAUGUUAGGCGGCAGGAGGAAAUGACAAACCAAUCUAACAUUCCAGAUCGGGUUAAUAAAACAAACUUUUCCACUCCCAUCAGUAAACAAAGGGAGACAUUGAAUCCUGGGUACUGGGUAGACAGAGCAAAUGAAAUUCUUCGGAUGAGUGCUAUCGAAGGGCCAGCUGAUAACGUAUGCGGACCGAACACUGUACUUUGUCUGGAUACCUCAGACAGCAUGUGGGGGAAUCCCUUCAGAACCAUGAUUAAUCUGGCCCUCAGAUUCCUGUCCGGCCUGGAGAGUAACGAUUCGGUUUCGGAAAAGGUUGGGUUGGUUUGUUUUGGAGCAGAAACAAAAGUAAUCAGUCGCUGCUGCUUGGAUUAUCCACGACUGAAACAAGAGAUCAGCAAAUUGCGCCCUGGCGGCCACAGUCCUCUCACUGCAGGGUUGAUGCUCUCCUUACCUUUGACCAUGAGGGGUAAAUUGACAAUUCCACAGAUGGACGGGGUUCUCUUUUUCCCUCGUGUAAUCGUCAUCACGGAUGGAGUAGCCACACCCGAACUGGUUACAACCAGUGACGACUUCGUCCCUGAUCUGUCCGAGCUGAUGAUGAUAAACACUGAUAUUACGAUAAUGGCAAGACGUUUCAAAGAGAGAGGUAACAGAGUCUAUUGUGUUCCAGUAGGACAGGCCAACGAGGCCAUUAUAAGUCCAUUAGUUGAGGCUACAUCAGGAAAAAUAGUCCAACCAGCCAAUUUUGAAAAAUUGAUCCACCAGUUUCAUACAGAGUUCAUUGCAGCGGCAUUACGAAGGAAUUUCCCGGACUAUCGUACAGCUGAUCCUUAUAUGAUACGAGCAGCAGCGGAGGCUACAGUGUCUUCACAGAAUAAUUUAGAUAUGGAUGAUGUCGUGGAAUAUGUGAGAAAUCCACCACCUCAACGAGGACUGGGUGAUGACGAUGAUGAUGAUGAUGAAAAUGCGGUGCCAAACGAGGGUUCGUCUAACAUGCCACCUAUCGGCACCAGGGUCAGGCGGGGUCCGGAUUGGUCGCCUGAGUUUAUCGGACAGGACGGAGACGGGCCAGGGACGAUAGUAGAACAUAACCGAGGAGGUUUUAUAAGAGUCAUGUGGGACAAUGGUCAUCUAAACGUUUACCCGUAUGGAGCUUCAGGACGAUUUGCAGUAAUAGUGGUAGAUGAACCCAGAAUUUUACAGCAACAUCAGUUCAUUGAAGUGGGUUGUCUGGUCAGAAGAGGUGAUAACUGGAGGGAUGAUGACGAGGACGGCGGACCUGGCAACAUAGGGGUAGUGUUCCGUGUACACUCAGACGGCACAGUGGGCGUUAGGUGGCCAACUGGACGUAAAAGAAGAUACAAAUAUGGCAGACAGGGAUUUUUUGAAGUUGAAAUUUGUGAUCCAUUUGAUGAAGAAGUAAGAUUUCGAAUGCUGAGCAUGAACUUCCAAUGGCAAGAGGGCCAUGAAGAGAAACGCACUAAAAGCAAACCCCAAGUAACUACAGAAGAUCAACCUCGUAUAGAAGACAUAGUGAAUUCUGAUGAAAGAGAUAAAAAUAACAACAGGACUUUAGAGGAAAUGAACAAAAGAAACGCAUUGCGCUCUAAAAGAAUAGAAGAUCAACUGGAGACGGACUCUGCGCCCUUAUCUGUGGAAAAAGACUCGAAGUCUGCCGGGACAAAUAGAGAAUCAGAGGCGCCCUUAUCUGUAGAAAAAGGCUCGAAGUCUGGAGGGACAAAUAGAGAAUCAGAGACGGUAGAUGUACAACAAGAGCAAUGUGAAGAAUUGAGUGGAGCAAGUGCAAUACAACCAAUAUCUGCUUCAGAAGGAACGUCAGAAGAUUCGAAGACAAAUAGUGGUGUUCUAAUUCAACCAAUGCCAGAAUCAAAGUCUGGACAAGAACAAGAGAAAUCUCAAUCAGCGGGGGACAAAAUCAGAAAAGCAGAAUCUGCCAUGAAAUGUGAAAUACAUAGUACAAAACCAGUCAUACAAAGUAGUUCAUCAUUAGAAGUUGAUGGAGAAAAUAGUCCAGACUUUGUGGCUAAAACUGAGGGAAAACAGGAAAGGGUCACCAUCGAACCAGCUGACGAGGAACCUGUGGAAGACUCAGAGAGAUUAAACCUCUCUUGUUCUUCAUCAUCUGAUAAAUCCUCCAAUUCAGACACGACAUCUGGAUCUGAUGUUUCCAGCGGUGUGCAAGACGUAAACCAGACUCCUAGUCCCUCUUGCAGUACUGAUGAAAUCACCGUCAGUACAAAGGCUUCUCCUAACAGUGGCCAUGAUGCAGAACCAGUGCUAAAGACGCCUGAAGUAGCUGUGGUAUGGCAGGUACACGACAGGUACGAUGGCUGGACGGAUUUCCCUGAGGAAGUAAGCAGCAGGCUGGAGAAAGUUUAUCAAAAGAACCCACAAGCCACGUGCUCUUACAUGAAAAACAAAAGAAGAUUCCAGGUGCAGUUAUCCAAAAUGAUCCAUAUCCACCCCGUCACCAAAGAAAUUUCAAACGUGAAAAGAAAUGUGACGAACGCUUGAUAAAUAAGCGAGAUUAGGCUGCAGCAUGACAGAACAUACGUUUACCAAUAAGAAGAGAAAUAAACAAUAAUAUGAAUGAACUCCUGGUUUUCAACAUAUUAAUUAAUGCAAAAGGCCUACAUUUAAGAAUAUAAUUAUGUACAUCAUUUGGUUAUGUACACUUUUUAGAACAUAGGUAAGGAUGAUACACUUGCCAAUAAAUAUUUUAUUCCAGGAUUUUUCCCCAAAAGCCGAGUGUUAUAUUGCCUUAUGAUUAUUGUAUUUUUGACACAUAAAAAAGGGAAAAAAGAAAUUCAACUUCAAUAAAUCAAAAAUAUUUUAAAAACUGACUUUGUGAAAAACGACCAUGGUUUCUUUGUUUUCUUUUUUACGAACAUCUUUAUCAUAAAUCCUGUGCAAUAAACAAGGUUUUGAAUGAUAGUUGAGUACUAGAGUAGUAUCUAAGUCUACAUAGACUUAUCGAUUUUUUGUUGAAAAGAUAGCAGAGUCCCCUUCAAUGGCUUUAAGAAACUGGGAAGAAAAACUUUCAAUACAUAUUUCUCAAAAUAUUUUAAAGAAAAAAACUCCUUUUCUUUACCCUAUUUAAUAACAGAGGAAACGAAGCUUCGAUGCUUUCAGUUAAAACUUUUACAUUAAAUAUUUUUUUUACAAAUAGCAAACUUAUGAAAGGUAACUUAGCUGAAACAUAACUUUGUUCUUUUUGACAUGAUACUAAAGAAUCAAUUAUUCAUCUACUAUGCUUUUGUCCUUUUUCCAUUACUUUAUGGUCUAGUUUAAGAGAAAAACUUCGUAAAACUUGUGGUUAAUUAAUUGAAUUUACUCCUGUAGAAAUCAUAUUGGGAUAAACAGUUCUAGUGAAACCGCUUUCGGAUCGUUGAACAUUAUCAUUCUGAAUGCAAAGCAAUAUAUAAUGCAUUGUAAAUGCAAAAAUAUAACGUCCUCUUUUCUUGCUUUUUUGGAAGUACUUAAAUCUUAGAACUUUUUGAGCUCUUUUCCUCCCUUUCUCUCUCUCAUAAGAAAGCAGACAUGAUAAAGCAAAGUUGAGAUUUUUUUGAAAACGUUUCUCAGUCAGUGAAAGAUAAUGUACAGAAAAAUUGAUAAACAAAUAUGUCCAUUUUUUUCAAAAUUGUUCAAAUGGAAGUAUAGUAUUCAUUGUCCAUCAUGUAUAAAUAUUCGGGGGUGUUUUUUUUUAUUAUGUUGUAGUUUUGUAAUGUUUGUAUUACAGUGCAAGUUAUGACAGAAAUAAAAAAAAAUAUGAAUGACAAAAAAAAUUCUACAUAUCGACAGAUUCCUGCUACACAGGAUUGUUACACGGAACUUUGAAGGAGUAGCGGAGGGAGCAUGUCCAACUCUAGCCUUGUCUAUAACUUUAGAAUAGUUGGUGCUAGGGCUUUCAUUCUUAACAUACAUGUAGUAUUGUAUGUUUCGCACGUCGAGCCUAUUUCUUGUUACAAGACUUUGUUUUUGAUCCUGGCCAUGGUGUUUGACCAGAUUUUUUAAAAAAAAACCUUUGCAAUAACUCUGAAUUGGUUGGUGCUUGGACUUAUUUCACAGGUAACAUUUAUUUGA